CGUAACGCCCAGAUAUGGAGCUUCACUGGUGAUCGUGCUGCGUGCUUGAUACGUGCCUCCAAGCUUCAGUGUCUUAUAAAGCACUACAUCUGUGGAGUAUUUAGAGGUUUUGUUAACAGUCGCUGUCCAUCGGAUGGGUGAAACUAACAAUGAGUAUUAUUAAUAUCCAUCAAACUUCGAAUUUGCUGGAAUCUAUAGCAACAUGAAGACCAUUUUCAGGCUCUUUGAGAUUGUACUACUAAUUUGUGGUGUGUUUGAUGCUGAUCAAGAUGAAGUGAAGUCAGUGUCAGUGAUGGAGGGAGAUUCUGUCACUCUAAACCCUGAUCCUACUCAAAUACAGGGGUUUAUUCUGAUACUGUGGAGGUUUGAAGAUCCAGUCAUUGCUCAAAUCGAUGGAAAAGAGACCUCCUAUCCCGGUCACACUGAAAUAUUCAGAGACAGACUGCAGCUGGAUCAGACUGGAUCUCUGACCAUCAUGAACAUGAAAAUCAAACACUCUGGACUUUAUAUACUAGACGUCGUCCAAAGAGUUGGGACCUCAAAUAUGAAAUUCACUGUUACUGUUUAUGAGACUCCAUCUGUUAUUGAUGCUGGUGAAGCUGAAAUGAAGUUGAUGUCAGUGAAGGAGGGAGAUCCUGUCAUUCUUCAGACUGUUGUUCGUCAGUUAAACAGAGAUGAGCUUAUAGUUUGGAGGUUUGGAGAUGAAGGAAAACUCAUAGCUAAACGUGAUGUAGAGACCAAGAGCCCACAAUUAUAUGAUGAAACUGAUGAGAGAUUCAGAGACAGACUGAAGCUGGAUCAUCAGACUGGAUCUCUGACCAUCACAAACACCAGAACCACAGACUCUGGACUUUAUAAAGUAAAAAUUAGCAGCAACAAACUGACUGUAUAUGAGAAAUACAUUGUUACCAUCAGUGAUUCAGAUUUGUCUCCAGCUGCUGUAGCAGGGAUUGUUGUUGCUGUUCUGCUGGUGGCUGCAGCAGCUGCUGGUGUGAUUUACUAUCGCCGCAAGAUAGCUGAAAUGCCAAGAAUAGUGUCAGGGAUGGAGGGAGACAGUGUCGAAAUAAACACUGGUGUUACUGAAAUACAGACAGGGGAUGUAAUAGAGUGGCAGUCUGGAAAUGAAGACUAUCCCACAGCUAAAAUCAUCGGAGGGACCGGUGAGAUCACAACAUUUGAUGAUGUUCAUCAUGGGAUAUUCAGAGACAGACUGAAGCUGGACAAGAAGACUGGAUCACUGACUAUCACAAACACUGGAAUUGAACACACUGGACCCUAUAAGUUACUGAUCAACAAGAAAUACAAGAAGAAAUUUAUUGUUUAUAUCAGAGGGAAGUCAGUGACAGUUAAUCAAGAAGAUUCUGUCAUUCUGAAGACUGAUAUUGUAAUACAGACAGAUGAUGAGAUACAGUGGCUGUUUGGAGCUGAAGACACUCAAAUAGCUGAUAUUAAAGUUGAACUUAAUGGAGUGAUCACUAAACAUGAAGAUGCUGAUGAGAAAUUCAAAGACAGACUGAAGCUGAACGAGACGACUGGAUCACUGACCAUCAACAACAUCAGAACUGAUGAUGCUGGACUCUAUAAACUACUGAUCCUUAGCAGAGGAAGGACCUCGUGCAGAAAAAUCUUUGUAUAUGUCAUAGGUUCCACAGAAAAACAAGUGAAGGAGGAUCUGGAUGGAGUAAAUGAGCAGGAGGGCAUCUACAACAACACAUUUUUCAGUUUUAAUGAGCCUCUAGAAUCUGUCUAGUAAAAGUGAGAAAUGAAUCUGUGUGUUGAGCUGUUUUUAAAUGCAUUUAAAAAGCAUUGUUGGUCAAGAAACAUUAAUUUAUUAUAUUAUUGGUAUAUUACAAAACAAAUGUGUAUGUAUGUGUAUAAAUAUUUAAAAUUAUUUAAAUUAAAUAUGUUAUUCAAAGAUAUGUUCUAAAAUUAAUGUUUCUCACCCUCAAAUAUAAUCAGAUCUGAAUGUCAGAUAUGCAACCUGAAUUAUAGUGCCUUUGUAUUCAUGCUAAAGCAGGAAUGUGUUGUUUUAUUAUUUUUGACAAAAGCAUCUGCUUGAUGAAUAAAGAUCUUAGUUUUUUUCAACUGCUUA